AUGAUCGACUCUCAUCAGCUCAGCAUCGCCAGCCGACUAGAUGACACUGUCGACUCUCUCGGGAUCUGCGCAGCUCCGACUGGCAAGAUUCUGACCUCGUGUCGGCUGCUGGAUCCAAUCGGAAGAUUCGCCCCACUCCUCGUUGACACAAAUCUCGCUGCCGAAAGUGCCGUCUUCGAGUCGAGACUAAUGCCUGUGUUGUGGAGCACGGAGAUGGUUCUCUCUUCUGCAAAGGAGCAUUUUCUCUCUUUUGAGCCUACCUUCUCUUCAAACUCCUCCUCUAGCACUCCAGUCUUCCUUCACCUAUUCAGCCGCCUCCAUAUUCACCCAACAUCUAUCAUCCGAGAUCUUACGUCGUACCCAAAGCCAUCCUACCUCGAGCCACCCUACGUACUCGUAACCAUGAACAACCCACCGGCCCCCUCCGUAAGUAUUUCACUUCCUUCAGAUCUGAAACACCCUUUCUGA